AGCGGGUCGGGGAAAAAGAAGACUGGCAUUGACAUUGAGAGAGUCGCCCGACGGAAUUUGAAAUGGAAGCAGUGGAAAACGAAAAGGAGAGCACUGUCUCCGAAAUCGACGGGCUAUCGGCUGCAGAUUGCGAAGAUGCUGGUGGCGGAAGCGGCGACGAUUCCAUAGUUGCAGUCGGACGCCGGACGCGCAGGGAGCGAGUGAGGGGGCCAUGGUCGCCGGAGGAGGAUGCGGUACUGAGUGAACAGGUGAGCAAGUUUGGGGCUAGGAAUUGGAGCUUGAUUGCUCGAGGAAUCCCUGGCCGCUCCGGCAAGUCGUGUCGGCUCCGAUGGUGUAAUCAACUCGAUCCCGCCGUCAAGCGCAAGCCGUUUACCGAUGAGGAAGAUCAAAUCAUUAUCUCAGCGCAUGCUGUUCAUGGGAACAAAUGGGCUGUGAUUGCAAGGCUUCUACCAGGAAGAACAGAUAAUGCUAUUAAGAACCAUUGGAACUCCACACUAAGGCGGAGGUUCGCAGAGCUUGGGAGGAUAAAGUCAGAAGGUGGAAAUAUGGUUGAAGAUGCUAGCCUGGACAAAAACAAAGCAUCGUCUGAAGAAACUCAGUCUUGUGGUGAUGUUACUUCAGUAAAAUCAUUGGAAAGGAAAGACGUAAGCUCUGUAGAAAAGGUGGAUUGUCAAUACAAAGGGAAAUCAUUAAUGGAGAUUCCACAUAGUCAUGAAGCCAAAGUACCAACUACCUUGUUCCGUCCUGUAGCCCGUAUCAGUGCUUUCAAUGUUUAUAACACUACCAAUGGCCCAGAAACUGCUUCACUGCAUCCUAAACCAGUCCCAGCACAGGGACCUUUAAUUCAAACAGCAAAGCAAGAUGUUGAGAUUAACAAAUUGCUUGAAGGAUAUUAUAGUGGGCAUUUAGUGCCUCAUCAAUGUGGCCAUGGCUGUUGUGGAACAGAAAGUGGCAGAAAUUCUCAUAAUUCUCUGUUGGGGCCAGAAUUUGUGGACUGCUUGGAGCCACCAUCCUUCCCAAGUUAUGAAUUGGCAGCAAUAGCCACUGACAUAAGCAAUCUGGCUUGGAUGAAAAGUGGGUUAGAAAAUAAUAGCAUCAGAACAAUGGAUGAUGCAACUCGUAGUGUAGUGUUUCAUGAGUCUCAAGUAAAUUAGGGGCAUGUUGAAGAUAGCAGAAAUACUAGUGCUUUACAUUUUAAAGAGAGAAGGGGAAAAAAUUAACAUGUAUGAUGAGCAGUGUGUAAUCAACACAGACUACCGGAUAAUAAUACUUCGAGGCUAAGAUGCAGCCUUGAUGACUUAUAUAGUACACCUAUCCCUGAGGGGAAAACAUUUAGGAUGUAUGAAAAUAAGGCUUGAUCCUAGAUUUUUAAUUUAACUAGAAACUCUUUGAAUGAAAUGACAUUUAGGAUGUUAGAAAAUUGGAAAUGGCAUAGAAGAUCAACUAUGGAGCAUGGUUGAAGAGGCAGCCUUUAGUUAUUGCAUUUUUAUUUUUAAUUUUUUGGGUACAUCGCAGUUUAGCCUUUACUGCUUGCGCGAAACCCAACAUCUGAGAGUAUGGCAAAGCUUGGUGCGGAAGUUUGGAGCACUUUGUUCAGAAGCAGAAGAGAGAGUACAUUGGUAAUUUGUGUCAUUAGGUUUUGACAGGUGGUUGGAUCCUUUUCUUCUGAAUUUUUUUCACUCUUCCUCUUGUUUUGAUGAUCUCAAAAUUAAAUAAAGAUAGCUUAGUUUC